AUGAUCGAAAACCCUCACUACUUCUCGAGCUCGCAGAGGCCAGGUCGGUGGUUCGAUACUCCUUCCUUUCUCUUCCUGGUUAUUAGGGCGAGCGAUGGCGCCCCUGAGCUAGAGGUGAGCAGCGGUGCCGACGAGCGAUCGAUGGAGGCGCUGUCCAGCUUCAAGCCGAUCUGCAAUCGAGCGCAGGGCCAGAUCGAUCCCUUGCUUGCCGCGCAUUGCAGCAGCACCGCAUUCUUGUUCUCCAUCAAUCCUUCCCGCUACGAGGAUUUGCACGUCGUGGUGUCCGACUUCCAUUCCAACACCUGGCGCGCGAGCUUCGACUACGACUACCUCGAAAAUCUGAGAAAUGAGCUGGGAAUACGCGAUAGCUUCCCUGUCUAUAUGCAAAAUCUACACGAUGGCUUUUCAUCCAACCAAGUGAAGUUUGAGCUCAGCGCGGCAGCACCUAGUCGUGCUGCUGCAUCGGGACGACUGAAAACCAGGAUCUCCUUGAGAGAAAUCUCGCUGGAGCUGGAGCUUUCAGAAGGGAGAUGUGCCAGCGACAACAUGAGCACACUGAUUUGGGAGUUUUUCGAGACCCUUUCAGCAGCCCAGAGCCGAGUGUUCCAUUUGGAAGCUGCUCUAGCGGAAGGGAAGAUCAAAACUUUGAAAGUUUUGGAUACUGUGGAGUGCAUUAGAGCGAAACAGAGGGCUAUGGCUAUAAACGUCAGUCCUUUGAACCCGUCGCGGAAGCAGCCCAAACCUGUAUUGCAAGCGGCACCCUCGACUGUGAAGUUUCCCAGUAAUUCAUCCGACGGGAGCUUUUACCUUGGAGAAGCUCCUUGCAGCCCGGACUUGAAGCUUGAAGAAACGUACUGUGCCGGCGGUGAUGAGAUGAGCGCUUCUGCUGCGAAUGGUAUUCAUGACCAACUAUUUGAGGCAAUGCCAAAUAAUCAAGGUCUACUUCCGUCCCUGGAUAUGCAGCCGCAUAUUAAUGCCGACGCUGAUCGAGAAGAGAAGAAUCGAAGCCUAUGUAGUGAUCUGUGGGCGAAGCGGCAUUUCUUAGAAUGGAGGAAAGAGCAGGGACUGCCAUCUUCUAAUCUCGAGGAUCUACCUCUGCCAGAACUUGCUGAUUGUCUUACGAAGUUCUUUCGCAUGGUAAAGAAGCGGAACGGAAGCCUUUUUCCUUCGGAAAGUUUGCGUGCCAUGUUCCGGGCAUUUUGCCGCAUUCUCAGAUCUCACUACAGAAAACUACAGCUACAGGGACGAUAUGAUGGUCCUGGGGUCGACUUGAGCAGAGACUCACUCUUUGAAAGAGCGAGGCUUGCAUGUCUCGAAGCUAUGAAGUAUAGCAAAUCACACGGAGGAAAUGUGAAACGAAGGAAGAAUCCUGACGAAUGGAUUCCUGCUCCGGAGGAGGACAUUCUUUGCCAUCCUGCAAACCAAGUGACGGACCCGUAUGGUUUGCUGAAGAGGCUUUGCUUCUACGUCAUACGCAAGUUUCAUGUCCAUGGACAUAUGGAACUCUACUAUACGACGGACGUAGAGUUCAAACGAUUUGGGAACGGGGACGGCACUGCGACCUGGGAAUACGAUGAGAAAAGAGCUGCAAAUCACAAGCGAAAAUCCUCGUUUAGAGAGCCUGUGUCGUGCUCCGAGAGUGACGUCGUGCUAUGUCUGGACAAGUACUUCUUCCACGCGCCUCCAAAAGCGUCCGCGAGUGAACCGAGGCAACUCUUUCUAGCUCCGAUCGGAAAGCCCGAAUCGAACGUCUGGUACCGGAACCAAAUCAUGAAUCUCAAAACUUUGCGUGGAUGGUAUAGAUACAUGGGCCCAAUGCCCGGUCGAGCCGAUUCCGAUCCACACCUGAGCAGCAGCAUGUCACAAAUGGACGUACUUUACCACGACAGUGAUCCGGAUCACAACUUGGACGCUGCCGUGAGCUCGGCUACGUACCUCACGACUCCCAGAGAGUUCCAAGACUCCGGGAGCUUCGAAAGAAAUGGCAGUGGCGGCGUCGUUCCAAUGGGGCUGGGAUUGGGCUGUGGCGGGGACGAAGAACACUACGAUGGUUUCGACGCAAGCAUCAACGACGAUCUCUCGGACAACGAGCGCUACUAGAAAGAGGUUUUUGCUUUCCAUUAUUUUCUAUCCAUCUCUUCGAUCGAGAAGCUUUCUUA